CUGGGGAUUUCAUGGUAAAAUCUAGAUUUUACCGUGAAAUCAGAAUGGCAGAGUGCUCCAUUGACUGUCAAGGGAUUUGUUCCUCGCAUGCAUUGGCUACAUUAGGGAGAAAGAGUGGAACUACUUCAUUUAAAAUACUAAGAAUUGGAAAUACUGGGGAACCUGGAACUUGUGUCAAAGAAAUUGAAGAGGUUCAGGAGAUAAGGGCGAGGAUACAACUUAGAAUGGGGACUGCAACACAGUGGCAGCAAAUGAAAAGAAGGGAGAGCUGCACCAGCAGCAAAGUAGCAGCAAAAUGUCUCUCCUUCUCCUCCAAGUCCAUUCUCCACCCUUUCCAAACACCCCAACAGAUCAACCAUGGUUAUGGGAAAAUUGACUACAAGAUCAUCCCAAGAGGGAAGAAGAUUGGCCUAAUAUAAAAAUUUCGGCCACCAGAAAAAGUUCUGAAUUUCAAUGGUAAAGGAAAGAUUUAUGAGAUUGGAUCAUAGGGCAUAAGCAGUUUGAAAAGGCAUAUGAGGUGAGGAGAGAUAAAUGCCUCAAUGAUUUCAUAUCCCUUUAUAGGACCAUGCCACCAUGCCCCUUGUCUCAACCAAUGUAAAGAGCUGUUGAUGCAAAACAAGAAUGGUUCUGGUAAUGACACUUCUUUUAUUUAUUUGGUACCUGAAAUUUUCUGCUUGAUGCAGCCACGGUUUGCAUAAUACUGUUGUAUGCAUACUCCUGGAAGUAGUGGUCACGUU